AUGGCGGAGGCGGCGGAGGAGUUGAAGACAAAAGUGAGGAUCGACGAGCUGCGACAGCGCUUUGAGUUGGAGGGAUACGAGGAGCACCCGGAGCUCUGGCGGACGUUGCAGGAUCUGCGUCAGAAGGUACUUGAGCAGGAGGCGUUCCUCAAGGAAUCCCUGAUGGAUGUCGUUAAUCUGUCGCGGCCCCUUCCUGGCGAGGAUCGCGACGCCUUUGCGAUAAGGCUCACGCGAGAAGUAAACGAGUAUGCCAAGUCCCACCGCCUCGACCAGCGAGACCUGGGGAAGAAUACGGACAUAAAGGACGACUACACCGCCGCUGUGAAGGGGUUUCUCGAGAGCUUUGCGUUGACACGCGGCAGGCGCCCUGGUCACGAUGUUGGCUGCCAAUGCAACCCGGACGAUCUCGGCUACGUGGAUGAGGAGAUCCGACGCACGGAGGAGGAAAUGGAGGACCUUUACUUUCAUGCGCGUGGGCUGUUCAGCGCCAUAAAACUCACCAUUGUUGCCGUAGGAAAUGUUAUGGGAUUUCACGCCUCCCUUGAAUUGGAAUCAACGUGCAAGCGUUGCUUUUACAUAUUUGAGAGCCCACGCACGCUUUGUCCAUGCGGCCACACCUUCUGCCAGCAGUGUCUGCCGCUUAUGUUCACGGAGCAGGGCGAACUGAUAUGCGAAGAGUGCGGCUCACUGUGUGAAGUUGGCUACACGCCAAACCUGGCGCUGGAGCUCGUGGCCAGCUACCAAGUCAUGCAGCACACCGACUACGACGAUGACGAUGACGAUGACGGUGAUGGUGAAAUUGGCUGCGUUGUGCAGCGGCGCAGCAUUGAGGAGGUGCUAACAGCAAUGCUGAAGGAUCUCAUGAGCACUCAAACCACAAUAGCGGAUGCACCACGAAAAACGGCGGGGAAAGCGGCACCCCACCCGCUGGAGCUCGUUAUGUAA